AUGAUGUUAUUUAUUUUAUUAUUAAUUAUUACACAAAUUAUACAUACAGAUACGAUUGAAACUACAUCACCAGUUUCAGUUACAUUUGAUGGUUUUACAAUAGAAUCAUGGAAUAAAGAAUAUAUGUGGUAUAAAACUCGAAAAACAAUUGUUGAACAUUUAAAUAAGUUGUGUAGACAUGAUACAGAUUGUGAUGCAGAUUAUGGUAUCGAUAAUAUUCAUUUACUUGAUACUAUUCGAAAUGGUUCAUCAUCAAUAUGUAUGACUAUUACUGCUGAUAAACCAUUACUAAAUGAAACAGAUGAUAAUCCAAUAUAUAAUUAUACAGCCCUUCUUACAAGUGCACUCUUGCAAGCUAAAAUUGAUGUUGAACAUUUGCAUGAUAAUCAAUUGUUAACUACAAUAACUUAUGCAACGACUCAUUCUCAUCAAAAUUCAGUUAUUAAUCGAACUAGUCGAUUAUUAUCUGUUCUAUUGGGAAUAUCGAUAAUCGCAAUCGUCUUUUCUUUAACUAUAUGUUGUUUUCAAAGAAUUCGUCAACAUCAUUAUUCAAAGUUAUUACAGGUCACACAAACACGUCAAGACCAACAAGACGAAAAUGCUCAAUCAAUUUCUGUAUUACAUAAAUAA